GUUGCAAAAAAGAAAAACCGGUGGCCAGAAUUAACGGUCGACGUCGAGCUGCGCGAACUGAACCGAAACUGGAACUCCCCCGGGCUCCCUCCUGCUCAAUCUUCGAGUCUUCCGACUCCUCCACUCGCCGAGUCGCCGCGCCGCCAUGAUCACCUGCAGACCUCCGCGCCUCAGCCUCGAACCCCUCUCGAAACACCGGCUCCCCCGCCCCGGGAGAAACGGCCCGCCGCCGCGCCCCGACCCCGCCCUACGCAGCCGAUGCGCCGCCGUCGUUCGCAGCGUGAGGAACAGCGGCAGCGGCAGCAGCAGCAGAGGGAGGAAAGAAGGCGGUGUUAGCGGCGGCGGCGGCGGCGGGUGCUACGAGAGCAGAGAGAGGGAGGGACUGGAAGGAGGAGGAGGAGAGAGGAAGGUGCAUUGCGAGGUGGAGGUGAUAUCGUGGAGGGAGAGGAGGAUCAGGGGCGAGAUCUCGGUGAUGGCCGACGUCGGAUCGGUUUGGAACGCUCUCACCGACUACGAGCGCCUCGCCGAUUUCGUCCCCAAUCUAGUCUGCAGCGGGAGAAUCCCGUGCCCGCAUCCCGGGCGGAUAUGGCUGGAGCAGAGAGGCCUGCAGAGGGCAUUGUAUUGGCAUAUCGAAGCUCGGGUCGUCUUGGACCUUCAGGAGUUCGCCAAUUCAGAUAAUGAGCGCGAACUUCACUUUUCCAUGGUGGAUGGAGACUUUAAGAAGUUUGAAGGCAAAUGGUCUUUAAAAUCAGGGCCUAGAUCCUCGACAACUUUGUCAUACGAGGUAAAUGUGAUACCACGCUUCAACUUCCCAGCUAUUUUCCUAGAAAGGAUCAUCAGGUCAGAUCUGCCGGUAAAUCUUCAAGCCUUGGCAUUCAGAGCUGAAAGAAAUUUUGAGGGAAAUCAGAAGUUGGCAUCGAUGACGAGUUAUAGGGACAGAGCAAUCAAUGGUGCCGUUACUUCCAUUGGCCCUGACCUGGACAAUAAGGUGCAAACUAGAGACAUCACCAGUGCUGAUGCUGGUCAACUGCCUGUGUCAUCGACUGAGCUGACUAGUAGUUGGGGCGUGUUUGGCAAAGUUUGCAAACUCGAUCGGCCUUGUGUGGUGGAUGAAGUUCAUCUCCGUAGACUCGAUGGCCUAUUGGAAAAUGGAGGCGUCCACCGAUGUGUCAUUGCUAGCAUAACAGUAAAAGCUCCUGUUCGCGAAGUCUGGAAUGUCUUGACUACUUAUGAAAGCCUUCCUGAGAUAGUUCCAAAUUUGGCCAUCAGCAAGAUUUUAUCACGAGAAAACAACAAAGUUCGCAUUCUUCAGGAAGGAUGCAAAGGUCUGCUGUAUAUGGUGCUCCAUGCCCGUGUUGUUCUGGAUUUAUGUGAACAUCUGGAACAAGAGAUUAGUUUUGAGCAGGCCGAAGGGGACUUCGACUCCUUUCAGGGGAAAUGGAUUUUCGAGCAACUAGGAAAUCAACAUACGUUGCUGAAGUAUACUGUAGAGUCAAAAAUGCACAAGGAUUCGUUUCUUUCUGAAGCUAUUAUGGAAGAGGUUAUUUAUGAAGAUCUCCCUUCAAACCUCUGCGCGAUUCGGGAUUACAUUGAGAACAAGGGCACAACGGUAGCUGACUCAGAAACAACCAGUGAAAGUAGUCUCUUCAGCGAGCAAACUGCUUCACCUAGCAUGGAUGAAAACACUUCUUCCAGUGCUACAGCUGAGGAUGUUUCCAACUAUGAUGAUGACUUAUCAUCGCAAAGACCGAGAGUUCCGGGCCUGCAGAGAGACAUUGAAGUUCUGAAAGCUGAACUCGUGAAAUUCAUUUCAGAGCGUGGGCAAGAAGGAUUCAUGCCCAUGAGGAAGCAACUCCGUUUGCAUGGUAGGGUCGAUAUUGAGAAAGCAAUCACACGCAUGGGCGGAUUCAGAAGAAUUGCAUCGUUGAUGAAUCUUUCCCUCGCUUACAAACGUCGCAAACCAAAGGGAUACUGGGACAACCUUGAAAACUUGGAAGAAGAGAUACGUCGAUUCCAGAGAAGCUGGGGAAUGGAUCCCUCGUACAUGCCUAGUAGAAAAUCUUUUGAGCGUGCAGGGAGAUAUGACAUUGCACGCGCGCUAGAAAAAUGGGGAGGCCUUCAUGAAGUAUCUCGUCUUUUGUCCCUGAAAGUUAGGCACCCAAAUAGACAACCGGGACUUGCUAAAGACAAGAGAGCAGAUCCUGUAGCAGCUACCGAUGUAGAGGUCGAGGAUAGGUCGACAUCUAAACCCUACAUUUCACAAGAUACUCAAAAGUGGCUUUCUCAACUUAAACAUUUGGACAUUAACUGGGUUGAAUGAUGAGUGAUUUUGGCGCGGAGAUGUCCUCUUUCCCUCAAAUAUCAUUGCCUAUAGUUUCUCACCAGUAUAUUGGAUGAAUUACAAUUCACCCUCCAA